AUGACCUCCUCCCUCAGAAAUUCGUUGCAUAGGCGCAAUCAUAAAGAGCGUUCGCAGCUCGCUCAUCGCUCAAAAUUUGGAAUUUUAGAGAAGCACAAGGACUAUGUCCAGCGUGCACGAGAUUACCACUCCAAGCAGGAUCGUCUGACGCGCCUUAGGCAGAAGGCAUCGGACAGGAAUAAGGAUGAGUUCUACUUUGGAAUGAACAAGGAGCGGACGGUGGAGGGGGUUCAUGUCAAGGAUAGAGGAAAUGUCUCUAUGCCUAUGGAUAUGGUUAAGCUCCUCAAGACACAAGAUGAGGGUUAUGUUCGGACAACGAGAGCCAACGGACUCAAGGCAUGCAGUCUAUUCGAUCAACUCAUUCCUUGGCAGAAAAUAGAGAAGAUUAAGAGCCAACUUACUACUUUGGCCAAUCUUAUUACUCCGCAGGAUGAUAACCUAGAGGACGAUGGCGAGGACGCAUUGGACGAAACCGACCUGGAAACACUCCGAGAAGCAGGCGUCAUACCCCCGGAAACAAAACGGCGUCCGCCUCCACGUCAUAUAAUCUUUGCUGAGAACGAGACGGAAGCAAAACAAUUAUCUCAGCGGCCAUCUUCAGACCAAGCUAAAGCUACGACUGAAGUAGACGUCGCAAGAACUGAAGUUCACCUCGGCUGGAAAACUGAGGAAAGUGCAUCGUCUCGACGGAGACGGAAGAGCAAAUCCUCAGCCGAUACAUCAUUGGAUGUCGUUGGGGAUACUGAAGAAACACAGGAACUUAAUGUGCAAAACCGCAAGCGCCUCCUGAAAGAACUCGCUGCACGACUAAAACGUGACACUCAGUUACGGUAUACACAACGUGAGCUAGAAAUGCAGAGACUUUUGGCGGGUAAGGGAGGUCGACGGAAGCUGCAUGGCGUUGAAGAAGUAGGGGCUGAGAACGACGAUGAAGACGGGGAUGAAAUGAACGACGGAGCAACUUUCAAGGCAAGAAGCAAAGCGGAUGAGAAGACUUACAAGCCUCGAGUGUACAAGUGGCGUAUAGAAAGAAAGCGAUAG